AAACAAAAAUUUUGUUAUUGUCUAAAGAUGGUCAGAUGAAAAUAAUCGAUCUAAAGAACGACAACAGAUAAAAAAAUAAUAUAAAUUUCGGAUCACUUCAUUUCAGCUAGAUACACGAGGUGGAUUGAAUUUUCUCUUUGUCUGUUUUUUAUUCUAGUCUAGUUAUAUAAGAAUGAAAAAGCAUUCGUUAGAAUAUUUUAUUGUGAAUUUCAUCACAUGUUUUCUACAUUAGUAGAAUAGAGAGAAAUAUAUUCUACGCUAUAAGAUAUAAAGAAAAUAUCCAAUGACUGUGUGCUAGUAUGAAUUUUUUGAUUUUAAUUAAAUAAUUUGAAAAAAACUUAAAUAGUGAUUGAACAAAAAUAUCAAGUUCGAGUAUAUCUUUCGACUGUAAGAAUUUUUUAAAGCUAUACUGAUUUAAAAUGAUUUAUGCUGAGUUACAAUGAGUUUAAGCUGAUUUUUGUGAUUUAAAAUGAGUGAAGAUGAUUUAACGGAUUUAAUUUUGAGUUUUAGCUGAUUUAAAUCAGUUGAUUCCCCCUUGUUCGUGAUCCUUUCAGUAAAUUGUAAAUAUAAACUCUUUUGUCUAGUGUGUGUAGUUCAUUUAGAUUUCUGUUGAGUAUCGACGUGUGUAUACCAGUUUGAUGAGAUGAGUUUAUGACAAAAAUUCUUACAUGGACACACAUACCAUCAUGCACCAGGAGACUGACACUAGUAUCAGCAUCCACACACGCGCUUUUUCAAAUGUUGGAUAAUCGCUUUGUUGAGAGCUGCAAAGAAAUAUAACAUACCGAAAGAGCCGAAUAUUUAGUCGACGAUAAAGCGAGUCACACGGAUGAACGUUACAUGUUUCUCGCAUUUACAAUUUGAUGAGAUAAUUGCAAAUAAAGCAAAACAAGAAAUAUCAUAUAUGUAUUUCAUAGAAUAAUGUUUGAAAAUUCGAUAGGCUUUUCAUAGAUCAGCAAUAUUUAUCUUGAGAGUAUUUCUACUGAUAAUUUUAUCAUGAAGAAGAUUAACCAUGCAAAAUAUUUCUUCUAAUCUUAUUUAGUAAUUAAAGAUUGAACUGAUUAACAACAUAAUUUAAUAAAAGACAUGCUUCCAAGAAAGAGAUGAUCCGUAACAUAACCAAAAACUAGUUUGAUUAACACAUGAUAUUUACACAUGAAUUAGUUGCAAAAUCAUAGAAGAAAACCCACACUUCUCAUUCAAUGUCUUCACCUUUCUCAUAUAUCUCUAUCACCGUAAACAUAAACAAACAAAAGAGUUAAAAAAAUAAUUGUUGUUAACAAAGUUGAGAAUUUGACUAAAAAGGGUUUCUCGUCUUCUCGCAAAUCCAAUUUCUAUGAAUAAAAAACUUCUCUCUCUUAUUUUAAUAAUUUUUCUUGUCUCUAUUUUAGAUUAUCCAUUACGUUCUCCAUUCAGCACCAACAUUCAUCCGAAUGCUCGAUGGCAACAAAAUGGUAUCAUUGUGGCUGGAGGAAAGCGACAAGGCAAUGAAAUCAAUCAACUCUCAAAUCCAUGUGGUUUGUAUGUUGAUGAUGAUCAAACAAUCUAUGUUGCUGAUCAAUCAAAUCAUCGUAUUGUGGAAUGGAAACGAGGUGCAACAAGUGGCCAAGUGGUUGCCGGUGGAAAUGGACAAGGAAGUGGAGAUCAUCAAUUGUCUAACCCAACAGAUGUGAUUAUCGACAAAGAGAGAGAUAGUCUCAUCAUAUGCGACCAUUCGAAUCAAAGAGUGGUUCGAUGGCCUCGUCGAAAUGGGACAAGUGGAGAAACAAUCAUCUCCAACAUCUAUUGUAUGGGUUUGACAAUGGACGAGAAUGAAUCUCUCUAUGUCACUGACUAUGGAAAAGAUGAAGUGAGACGAUAUCGAAAAGGAGAAUCUCAAGGAACAGUGGUUGCAGGUGGCAAUGGAUAUGGAAAUCGUCUCGAUCAACUCUCUUGCCCCGAAAAUGUAUUUGUCGAUCGAGAUCAUUCAGUGUAUGUAUCUGAUAGGGACAAUCAUCGUGUGAUGAAAUGGAUGGAAGGUGCAAAACAAGGCAUUGUCGCGGCUGGUGGUCAAGGAUAUGGAAAUGGUUUUACACGAUUGUCUUGUCCUCAAGGAGUCGUUGUCGAUCAAUUGGGCACUGUCUAUGUGGCUGAUCGAUGGAAUGAUCGAAUCAUGCGUUGGCCUAAAGGAGCCACACAGGGAAGUGUCAUUGUUGGUGGAAACGGUAGAGAAGAACAAUCGAACCAACUCAAUGCACCCCUCGGUUUGUCAUUCGAUCGACACGGGAAUUUCUAUGUUGUCGAUUGUGGAAACCAUCGAGUUCAAAAAUUCAAUAUCGAAUUCAAUGGAUAG